AUGAAGAAAUAUGUUGAAUAUUCAAUUCUUCUCGUCGUUUUCAUUAUUCAAGGUUCACUGCAGCAGAGAAUCAUCGGCGGACAGGAGGUAGUGCCCAAUUCUAUUAAAUAUCAGGCGUCUAUACAGUACAACGGCAAUCACUACUGCGGGGGAACCCUCAUAAAUGCCCAGUGGGUGGUGUCUGCCGCCCACUGCUGGAAGCCAUAUUAUUUGAUCACAGUAGUCCUGGGUGCACAUGAUUUAACCAAGUUGGAGGGAACUGUGCAGGCAUUCAAUGUCACCAAAGCCCUCGUCUACUACAUGUACAACUAUAGGACAUUUGAUGGUGACAUCAUGCUCCUGAAAUUCGACCGUCCAGCCAGCGUUAACGCUUACGUGCAGCCUGCUCUGCUGUCGAGCGUGAGCGCCUCGCCGCUGUCCGGGGGUGUGACAUGCACAGUGAGCGGCUGGGGAGUCACACAGGUGUACAGUUACUACCUGUCACCUGUGCUCCGGUCCGUGGAUGUGCAGGUCAUCUCCGGCUGCCAGGUGUACUACUACUACUACAUGAUCACAGACAGCAUGAUGUGUGCCGGCUCCCCAAUCGGGGGAAAAGACUCCUGCCAGGGUGACUCUGGCGGCCCCCUCGUGUGUAACGGCUAUUUCGAAGGUAUCGUCUCCUGGGGCAUCAGCUGUGCCAACCCCUACUACCCUGGGGUGUACACCAAAGUCCGGAACUUCAUCCAAUGGAUCAAUUCGACCAUCAGCAGCAACAGUAACUAG